CAAACAAAAAACUAAAAAACACUCAUUUUUUUCUCCCACAAAAACGUAGCCACCCCAUUUCCCUCUGAACACCAAAAUCAAAAUUUGCAAGCCAACCAUUUCAAUUCGCCCCUCCAAUUCGUGAAAUUCCAUCCGCAAUUUCGAUUCCGAGUUAACUCUUCGCCGCAUCAAAAAUAGGGUUCGGUCUCUGGUGACGACGGUGCAACGAUGCCGGAGAUCGAACAAAUGGCGGAGGAAACCGCCCUGUUCGGAAAAUACGAACUCGGCAGAGUCCUCGGUUGCGGUGCAUUCGCGAAGGUGUACUACGCGCGCAACGUGCAAACGGGUCAGAGCGUGGCGGUGAAGAUCAUCAACAAGAAGAAACUCACCGGAACAGGCCUCGCCGGAAAUGUGAAACGCGAAAUCAGCAUCAUGAGUCGUCUCCACCACCCUCACAUCGUGGGCCUCCACGAGGUCCUCGCAACGAAGACCAAGAUCUACUUCAUCAUGGACUUCGUUCGCGGUGGCGAACUCUUCGCGAAAAUCUCAAAGGGUCGAUUCGCGGAGGACCUGAGUCGCCGGUAUUUUCACCAGUUAAUCUCUGCCGUCGGGUACUGCCACUCACGCGGCAUUUUCCACCGUGAUCUCAAGCCGGAGAAUCUUCUCCUCGACGAGAAUGGUGAUUUGAAAGUGUCGGAUUUCGGCUUAAGUGCGGUUAGGGAUCAGAUCCGACCCGAUGGUUUGCUCCAUACACUUUGUGGAACACCCGCUUACGUGGCACCUGAGAUUUUAGCGAAGAAAGGAUAUGAUGGAGCCAAGGUUGAUGUUUGGUCAUGCGGUGUCGUUUUGUUUGUUCUUGCUGCGGGUUAUUUACCCUUUAAUGACCCGAAUUUGAUGGUUAUGUACCGGAAAAUUUAUAAGGGUGAAUUCCGGUGUCCACGGUGGAUGUCGCCGGAGCUCCGGCGGUUUUUGUCUAAGUUGCUUGAUACUAACCCGGAAACCCGGAUUACAGUUGAUGGGAUGACCCGGGACCCGUGGUUUAAGAAGGGGUAUAAGGAGAUUAAGUUUCAUGAGGAGGAUCAUGGGUCUGGAUCCGGGUCGGGUUUCGGGUCUGGGCCGAAGAGGGUGAUGGAGUUGAAUGCGUUUGAUAUUAUAUCUUUUUCGUCGGGUUUGGAUUUGUCCGGGUUGUUCGGGCAAUCGGGUGGGGAAGAAUGGGUGGUGUCUCGGGAGUUGCCGGAGAAGAUUGUGGAGGCGGCGGAGGAGGUGGGGACGGCGGCGGGGAUGGCGUUGAGGUGGAAGAAGGAAUGCGGGGUGGAGUUGGAAGGGAUGAAUGGGAAUUUUGGAAUUGGGAUUGAAGUUUACCGGUUAACGGCAGAGCUGGCGGUGGUUGAGGUUAGAAAGUGGGGCGGCGACGCCGUGGCUUUUGCGAACGUAUGGGACAACAAGCUUAAGCCUUUGUUAAUGGGGGAUGCAACGACUUCGAAUAGUAACCAAGAAUCACCGGAGUAGCAAGUUUCCGGUGACUGAAUUCAAAUGAAAUUCUCUCCAUUUUUUCAAAUUAAAAAUUUGGGUUAAGUACAAAAUUUGAUACUUAAUAAUAGUCAAAUUGUACAAAUAUUUUUUAAAAAAAGAGCAAAAGCAUUUAAAUAUUCUUGCUGCCUAAAAAGGAACUGGAUGGAAGAAAGAGAUCCAGUUAGAAGGUAGUGAUUACGUAAUAUUUUUUAUUUUCUGUUUUGUAUAUUAUUAAAUAAA